GCCGCGCUCUCCCAUUCAACCUCUGUAGUCAGCAGAACGAGCGGCUGAGCGGAGCAGCGCAGCCUUCACCGCUACAACAUCCUGCAGAUGACUCUGCUCCAUGGAGGAGAGAAAGGGAGACAAGAGUCAGUGUCAGGGAGGAAAAAGGUAGACUCACAGAUGAAAAGAAGCAGAGAGGGGAAGAAAAGCAGAGAGGGGGUAAGAGUGCAGAAUGAAAGGACCUAAAUAAACGCCGCUGCCUAAGCUCCACUGCAGCUAUACUAAAUCUGGAGCUGUCAGAGCAACCUCAGCGAGCCAGUGAGUGAGAGAGGCAAGAGAGCAGAGGAGAAAAGAAGUGAUCUGAAGAGCUGAUCUCAUCACUCUGGACAAGCAGGAAUGGGAAUCCCGAGAGCCUCUCCGUCAGCAGAUCAAACUUAACACAGGAAUAGUGCCUUCAGAUCAUCAGUUUGAGCCUGAUGCUUUAGAGGAGUGGGACAGGGAGAAGAGAAAUAUCCUGGUAGUUUAGACCUCUAACAGGAUCUGUGACUGCUGUGCCGCUCAGUGCAGCUCAGGUCUCCGCUGAGCUCUUCCUCCCCAGGUCCUCCAUCGCACCUGCCUGCUCCUGGUGGAUGUCUUCUCUGCUUCCAGUCCCACUGCUCAGCAGUUGAACACACUCAUGGUCGAUGCCAAGGGACGGAACAUGAAAUGUUUGACUUUCUUCUUGAUGCUUCCUGAGUCAGUGAAGAGCAAAUCAAGCAAAAGCUCCAAGAAAGGGAAUGCCAGUGGCAGCUCCAAGCUGCCCCCAGUCUGUUAUGAGAUAAUCACUCUGAGGAGCAAGAAGAAGAAGAAGAUGGCAGCGGACAUUUUUCCCACCAAGAAGCCGGUCUCCACCACCACAGUGCAACAGUACCAGCAGCAGAACCUGAACAACAACAACACCAUACAAAACUGCAACUGGCAAGGACUCUACUCAACUAUCAGAGAAAGAAAUUCAGUUAUGUUCAACAAUGAACUGAUGGCAGAUGUCCACUUUGCUGUGGGUCAGCCCGGAAGAACCCAGCGACUGCCGGGACACAGAUACGUGUUGGCUGUGGGCAGUUCAGUGUUCCACGCCAUGUUUUAUGGUGAACUUGCCGAAAACAAUGAUGAAAUUCACAUCCCAGAUGUGGAACCAGCGGCGUUUCUGGCGAUGCUUAAGUACAUUUACUGCGAUGAAAUUGACCUGACUGCCGACACUGUGUUGGCCACUCUCUACGCUGCCAAGAAGUACAUUGUCCCGCACCUGGCACGUGCCUGUGUCAACUUCCUUGAAACCAGUCUGAGCGCAAAAAAUGCGUGCGUGUUACUGUCCCAGAGCUGCCUGUUCGAGGAGCCAGAGCUGACACAGCGCUGCUGGGAGGUGAUUGAUGCCCAGGCUGAAUUGGCGCUACGUUCGGAUGGCUUCUGCGACAUUGAUGCCCAGACUCUCGAGAGCAUCCUACAGCGAGAGACACUCAACACUAAAGAGAUAGUGGUGUUUGAGGCUGCACUAAACUGGGCGGAAGCAGAGUGCCAGAGGCAGGAGCUCACCUCGUCGACUGACAAUAAGCGCAAGGUUUUGGGCAAGGCCAUGUACCUGAUACGUAUCCCUACAAUGGCUCUGGAUGAUUUUGCCAAUGGAGCAGCCCAGUCUGGCGUGUUGACACUUAACGAGACCAACGACAUCUUCCUGUGGUACACAGCAGCCAAGAAGCCUGAGCUGCUGUUUGUCAGUCAGCCUAGGAAGGGUCUGACGCCGCAGCGCUGCCACAGAUUCCAGUCCUGUGCCUAUCGAAGCAAUCAGUGGCGCUAUCGGGGGCGCUGUGACAGCAUACAGUUUGCUGUUGAUAAAAGAGUUUUCAUUGCUGGGUUUGGCUUUUAUGGAUCUAGCUGUGGUUCAGCAGAAUACAGCGCCAAGAUAGAGCUGAAGCGUCAAGGCGUACUCCUGGGGCAAAACCUCAGCAAAUAUUUCUCUGAUGGAUCCAGCAACACCUUCCCGGUAUGGUUUGAGUAUCCAGUCCAAAUCGAGCCCGACACUUUCUACACUGCCAGUGUGAUUCUUGAUGGGAAUGAGCUGAGCUACUUCGGACAAGAAGGAAUGACGGAGGUACAGUGUGGUAAAGUGACAUUUCAGUUCCAGUGUUCCUCCGACAGCACCAAUGGCACUGGUGUGCAGGGAGGCCAGAUUCCUGAACUCAUUUUCUAUGCUUGACAACAGCCGUGCUGUUUUUCAGUCCUUUUAUUGAAAAAAAAAAAAGAGAAAUGUAUCACUUGUGCAUAGUGCCACUUGCUGUUAUAUAUAUAUUUUUUGUCACAACUAGAUCUUAGAUCCUUGAGAAAGGUCUUGUGUGACUUGAAUUUUAGAAAUUGGUCCAUUUGAGUAGGACCUGAUAUAUGUUUCAGGAUGUUGAACUGUUCAAAUGACCUGACCCUAAAGCUCUAAAAGAUUUUGGGGGUGGGGUGGCAACUUUGCAGCACAUUUGCAUGUGUAAAUUCUGUAAAUGUAGAUGAUGCCCAAGGUGGCCAUAAAGAUCUCUUAUAUAAUAAAUAUGCUACAAUCUGUUUAUCAUUUCUAUACUUGCGUAGAGCGCACAUGUACAGCAGCAAUACUUCACAUGCUUCGUUGUGUGACGAUCAUGUCAUGUCAUGGCUCGGUCUGUACUAUCAGCACUGUCAUGGAAGUGAAAGAAGGCUGUGUGAGAUGUUAAAACCGCCGUAAAACUUGAAGUCAUGGUAAGGUCAAAAACGGUUUGUCCUAAUGUGGUAGGUAAGAGUUAUGUUGGCAUUUGAGCAGUAACAAGUGAAUCUGGGACGUUUGUAGUAAAAGGGCACUUAGUGAGGGUUUGAAGGCUCUUAGAUUAGGGAGCACUAGAUAUGAUGAGUCACAUAAAUCCUGUAUCUACGUAACAUGACUCUCUGCACCUGAACCCAUCUUAACUGUUAGGCAUAAUUUAAAACAGUGUCACUAUGUUUACAGUGAAAACCAGGACUUGAAAUGAUUAUCAUUCACUAAUAGAUGUUGGGUAGAGUGAGGGAUUUCCUGGUUAUCUGUUCUGUAUGUUUCCACUGCACUUCACAACAACGUGGGGAGACUGUUCCCAUAUGUGCUACUAAUUAUUUUGGUGACUUUGUUUUGUUUACAGGAAAAAGAAUAAUGAUUCAGUGUUAGAAGCAGCUGUUCAUCAUAUCGGCUUCUCUUUGUUAAAAAAAAAACAACCCUGAAAUGUGGUGUACGCCUUCCUAAUGUGAUCAAACAGUAUCAGUCUUUGGAAAAGCGUACUGUGAUUCUUAACAGUCACACUAAUGUUGGCUUCUGAAGAAGUUUCUUAUAUUGAUUCACUAGCUCAUUGUAAUGAGGACGUUUUGUUUUUCUUUCUUUUUUAAAUUACUGUGCUACUUAAUAUUCUUUCUGAUGUGGGAUAAACAAGAGGUUUAUCUGCUGAUGGCAAAGGAUGGGUAAACUGGUGUUCAUGUCCAGGGUUUAUGUGCUACAGUGCUGGACGACCAAUGAAUGUGUAUGGUUGUUGAUGAUGCAAAUAAAACAAAACAUUU